AUGAAUCUAGAAGAUAUGGCAGAUCUCCAAUUCGGCGGGGCUGUACCUGCUCAAGCAGUUAUUGAAGAACCUCGCAUAUUAUUCUUGCACUUGAACGCAUCUUUUGAUCUUCAUCGACAUUUACGCUUUUAUAAAAGCAUAGCAACUGUUUUCGAUAGUGAAGAUGAUCUCCGUAAUCGACUCGUUAUACCUGAUCGGUUAUUUACGGUCUUUGCCCUACUACCAGAUCAAGUUUUAGAUCCACUUCCUAACUUCAAUCCAAUCAUUGUUGAACCAGAUGCAAAUGUCGAUUAUAUUUAUCUACUAUAUAAAACGCAUCUAAUAUAUGCCACAAUUAUGCGAGAUCUUCAUCAAGAACUAGCAGUUUGGCAUUCGACCUCUGAUAAUAGGCUAACAGUAAUCAUAUUGAUCAUUUCAGAAUCAUUGGAUCGUAGCUUAAACUAUUAUGAAGAACGUGCUCUUCGAAGUAGAGACAAUGGUGAUUUCACUUUAGCUGCACUCUAUGAACAAUUGCAGCUCGAGCGAAAUCAGCUUCAGAUAGCUGCUCUAGAACAAUUACUAGAAUUAUGA